GUGCUGUUAUAACGAAAGCGGAUAUGUUAGCUGCGCCCAGACCCCGAGUGGUUCAGAAUAUCAUCGUUCUUGUCUUUUUUCUCUUGUUCUAUGUCUGUCUCCGCAUCGCUGUCCUCGGAGGCCAGGAAGAAGACGCUUCGCUAAUAAGGUUCGACGAAGCCUUCAUGUAUAGAGUUGAGAAGAAGCUGCCCUUGGACACCUACGCUGAUGCGCGGGACGAGACGGCGCCUCCGGAGCAGCCGCCGCUCUGGGUCCUCGCCAUCAGCUCCCUCCCUCGUAGCGGAUCCACCCUCAUGGCCCAGUUUCUCGGGACGCUGGCCAAUUCCGUCGUGUUCUUCGAGCCCAUGUGGAUUAAGGAAUACACCCCCUGCGCUGACGACGAGGACUGCGUGGUGGACUACAUCUACAACAUUUUCAACUGCUCGUACAAACAGGACUUCGAGGACUGGUUUCGAAAGAAGGAUCUGUUCUUCGGGUACUUCCACCCAGACGUCAGGAACUGCAAGGGGCGCAGGUUGCAGGGACGCGCUCGACGUCCGCCAGAUGUGCGAGCGCUCGGACGUCAGGGUCAUGAAGAUCAUCCGCACGAGGCUGGCGUUCUUGGAGCCGCUGAUGAGCGACUCGGAAAUCAACUUCAAGGUCAUCUUCCUGACCCGAGACCCGCGCGGAUCCCUCAACAGCAUCCGGAAAUUCGGAUGGAACAGGGACCCGAUGACGCGCUGCAGUCACCUGGACAAGGACCAGAUUGCCUACGAUGAAUUAUCCGAACUCUACCCGGAUAAAGUGACGCUCGUCAAGCACGAAGACUUCUGCCUCGACCCCAUGGGCAAGGCGGAAGAACUCAUGGAGUUCUUGUACGGCCACUCGACCGUUCCGGAGGAGCUCAAGACUUACCUCAUGAACCACAUGACCACCAAAACACAGAAGGGCACCAUGAGCACCGUCAAGAACAGCUCGCAGGAGUAUGACGCCUGGCGCUACAAGAUUCGCGAGGACGACCUCCUGAAUAUUGAAAACGAGCCAGUCUGCGUGCGCACCAUAGAGAACAUGGGCCACGUGCUCUUCGGCUCCAUCCAGAAGGCCAACGACUCGUCCGUCCCGCUCUUCGUGCAGUGAGGGUCGGCUCUGAGUCGGUGGUCUUCCGCUGAGAGAAAGCGCGCAGGUUGUGACCCUAGUGGCUCGUUACAGUGCUAAAGAUGAAAGGAAAGCGAUAAUAAUGAUAACUACAAACUAAUAACAACAAUAAUAAUAGAUACAAAAUGGAUCAAUAUGAUACUACGACCACUGCUAUUUCUACCACGAUUGCUGUUAAUCUGCAUUCUCUACGAAGUUGGCUGACUGACAAUGAGUUACGUGCGGACAAAGGGAUCGAUCAAUAUCUGACUCCUGUAGUUGAGCCUUGUAAAGCAAUUAGAGAAGUCAAAAGGGAAGAAUUCGUUAAAAAAAAAAAAAAAAAAUAGGAAGAAGCUGAAGAAGAUAACUAACGGUAAGAGGAAAGAAGCAAUUCCUGUGUUUACAGUGGCUCACUGCCUCUCAGCUGAUUUUUGUAAACAAACCAGUGGCCAGGGCAAACGUGACUAUAUCGUAAAUAAAGCUACAAUGCUAAAGUGCAACGAGCGAAUUUUCAAAACAUUCAUUAGGUUCUGAACGCAUUUCUGUACCAAUACAUCUGAGAGUGUACCCAAAACAUUUGUAAAAAAGAAAAAAAAAAAAAAAAACUUGCAUGUACUCAUUUCAUCUUCAUAAAUACAUUGCAGAAUGUGUAUUUUUAGAGUGGAAGGGUUGAUUUAUGUAGAGGAGCAACGUAUACCGAAGACUUAGUAUCAGACCAAGAGGACUGAUAUUAAGAAAUUUGACCUUUUCCGAAGCGCCGCCGCCAGUCCAUCGCAUGUCACUGUCCUGUUGCAAAUACCCAGUCUUCAGUCAGAGAAAUCCUGACACUCCAUGAGGUUCAAACUUUCAAUAAUGGUAAAUAACUUCCGUCCCUAUGGUCAUAUUUCUCAUUCUUAAAUAUAAAGAUUGACUACAUAUUUAGGGAAAAUUUCAGCAACAUAUGAAAAUGGUAUAAAGUGUAGGAUAACUAUGAGGGAAUCUCGUGAAGCUAAAAUUAUAUUUUGUUGUUUUAUAAUGUUUAUUUAAUUUACGCUAUCUUGUAUUUUUGAGAUGAUUAUGAUAUUCUUGCCUUGAAAAGGACAUCACUACAUUGUUAUAUGAUCGAACAAACACACGCAAAGACAGCUGUUACUUUCAUCUGGUUUGUAAAUAUCAUGCAGAGGUCGUCGUAGCUAACUAAAUGCACUCAUUGGUAAAAUUCACCAUAGCAACAUAUACACACAUCGUUAAAAAUAAUAUAUAUAUAUAUUCUUUGGUUCUGUUAUGAUUUAUUGUGGUUGUCUUGCCAGAAUAUGCAAGUCAUUCGAUCUUAUGUCUCUUCAUAAUGAUAAUUACUUAAGAGUUACUGUGACUUGACUUGUAAUAUUUACCAUUCGGCAACCUAAUUUCCCUUUUUUGCUUUAGGAAAAAUGUCAACAAGUGGCUUUAUUUACUUUGAACCAUGUGUUGUGAUUCCCUCCCUCGGGUUCGAGCCACAAGCCAGGGAUAUGUAUUAAAGGAGCAGUGUCAACGUAAGAUCAUGAUCACUUGGGUCGCUAGUCGCAGUAUGAAUAUAAUGUUCAGUGUAAACUUUCAUCGUACUUUGUAUAUAUAUGUAAUGUUUAUUUAUGUUGUAUGUAAAACUACACUUUUUAUUUAUGCUUUAUGUAAUAUUGUCAUAAGUAAAAUGUUUUUUUGUAGU